CUUCAAUUCAACGUCCAACCGUUAGCCCGGUAGCUAACGCACCAGUUUGCUUCUUUGUCGUCAAAAUGUCACAGUAACCAAUGUAUAGAUAUAUAUACACACACAAUAGUACUCUGAGUAGUCUGGUGAAGUUACUCGGUAUAAAACGUAAGUAGUUUAGAGAUAUUUAGCAAUUAUGUUCUUAACAGAAACUUGUUACUGGUUAAGCUAGCUAACGUUAACAGUAGGUUAGCAUAUAAGGGUCGUAAAACCAGUUUUCAUAUCGCGGUGUGUGUGGGCGAUAAAGUAAUCUGCGAAUGACGGAUUUUAUCUUUUGCAGGUGUCCCAAGAAAAAAAAAAGUAUCCAUAACAGAAGUCAUGACAGAUGGGAAAGUUCAGGUUGAUGUUCAGCUCCCAGAUGAACAAACGUAUACGGGGCUGCAGGAGUACGUGAGCGGGCAGAGAGACUUGGUCUGCAUGGAGGGUCUUCAACACACUGGACAAGGAGGUCAUUACUAACCCCUAAAAAUGUCUUCGAGUAGAAGUUUGUUUACAAUCUUGAAAAUUCAACUUCAGUAUUCAUUGAUUGUCAGACAGCCCUGAUGUAAUGGCAAACAUCACUAUGUUACAUCCUAACUGCUGGGGGUCUGAUGUUGUCCUGAUUGUGUAUUUUUUAAAAGGAGAGUGAGGGGCCUAUUUAGCAUUUAACAAACUGGAUGUUUUUAAACAUACAGUUUAUGUAAUUCAAUUUAGACGAGUGCACUUCAUGUAUCCAAAUAGUCUUUUGAUGAAAUAUAGAUGUCACUCAUGUGUAUUGGACUCUUUGCUUAGUAAGAAUAUCAGUCUUCAUAAUACAUGCAUCAGAAGAAUUCUUAGUAGGGGAGAGUGGGUGAAGAUGAGCCAUUUUUCAUACUUUGGAUCUCUACAUCAAGGCAAUCAUAGUUUUGUCUCUAACUAGUGUAUCUGCAUAUAUUUCAAGAUGUUGUGCAUCCCUGCAAACCAACAGAAUGAGUGUAAACAUUCCCCAUGUAUGGGGUAAGUUGACCAUAGGAGCGGGGUAAGUUGAACCAUAUCCCUACCACCCCCGACUCUCCACCCCAGCCCUCCCUCACCGUCUCUCUCCCUAAAUAACAGUCACUUCAUCACAUUCAUGUGUAUUUUUUAUCUAUUAUAUGCCAUUCAACUGGUACAAUCAUUCUUUUUAUUAUCAGCCACUGGCUCAACUUACCCCAGAGCUACUAUGAUGACUUUAUUAGUCCUCUAAGCUAAAAUGGUGGGUUUUUAUACUAGGUUUUUGACCUCAUGUUGUAGCUCAUAGAUACCACAAUUGAUGUAUAAAACAAAUUUAAAAUGAUCUUCUUUGGUCUGAAUACAAUUCUAAUAAAACUUAUGACAGACUAAAUUCACUUUCAAGAGUGAAAGAUGUUUUUUUUUUUUUUUUUGGACAAAAACGUCUAACCCCCUCACCCAUGUGCUUCUAACCUUAACAGACUACAUGAAUUGAUGCCUAUUUCCUAAAUAUUUGGUCACAUGAUCAAUUUCUUUUACCAUUUCCAAGCAACAGGGGGUGGCUCAACUUACCCUUUGGCUCAACUUACCCCACUCUCCCCUAUGUAUAUCUUAUAUCCCAGAUAGAUAAAUUCCAGAUAUUUAAGGUGUGCCUUUCUACCUUCAUGAUAAGUUUCCCCGUGUGUGUUGUAGAGGACAGGGAGACUUUGUUGAUGUUGGCUGAAAUCGCUCUGGUGCCCCCCUGUGGUGAUAACACACCCUGCAGCUAUGACUGCAGCUGUGAGGUCAGACACCCGGAGAGGUGCCUGCAGUCCAUGCAGCUGCAGCUCAGUUUCCUCUUGAGUGAAGCCGAUCACUUACAGGACUUCCUUGUCAAUGGGUACAUUGCUGGGUACUUAAAUUUCACCUAUGCCAACUGUGUUUUACCACUACUUCAGGUGUUUUCUUCCUCUGUGAUUCUGCAGACAAGUUGGUCAAGCAAGAGAUGAUCCUGCAGAUAUACUGCGGCGUUUUUUGUGUACCUGUCAACCUUACUUCAACUUGGUGGAAUCUACAAUGAGAAGUACCGUCAACAUUUGCAACCCCCUGCACUCGAACAUCUACAGGGGGGUAAAUGUUUUUGCCUAAGUCUUUUAAACACACCUACCACAAGUAACUCACACACCCUCUUUCAGCUGCAGUGUGCUUAUCAAAUCAGCCAUACCUUCAAUUUGCAGAGCCCAUAACCUUUAUAUCAUUUUUGUUUUUUUUUACCUGGUUGACACUCAAGGAGACUUUGAACUCCAGGAUCUGUAGUUUUUAGCACAUCCACAUCAGCCACAUUUCUCAGGACCACUCGCUGACAACCAGUUACAAAAGAAUUGAUUUGCAAAGAGCAAAUUGUGUCUAUCUCUGCUGUGCCCCAUUGAAAAAGUCCCAUCAAAUCCAGAGACGACUGUGGAAAAGUAAAACUAUUUCUGUGAAUGACAACGUUUUUUGAGUAAGUGAGUAAAUUAAGAAACACGGCAUCUAAAAUGUCUAAGAUAAAAUAAAAAGCCAGAGUUUGAUCGUUUCGUAAACUAAUAGUAUAUUGUAUACUCUGUUCUUGGUUUGUAAAUCUGAGUGGUUCGAUUUACUACUUCAGUCAUUUAUAGAGAUAUUUUGUGUUCAGUAUUGAAUGGCUAAGAGUGAAACUAUUAACUUCAGUUUUGUGCGUCUGUCUGUCUGUCUGUCUGUCUGUCUGUGGCAUGAGCAGCUGUUCUACUCCUCUCAGCAGCUGUGUGAUAGGCUGGAGCAGCUGGUGUUGGCCUGUGCCGGCUACAAUCUUGUCUGUUUAGAUGAGACCGAGCCUAACAGGUACACACACACGCAUAUCUAUUCAAUAUUUCAGAAAUUACUGUCUGUUAUUAAAAGAAGCCACAGCGGUAAAAAGACAACUGAAAUAAGUCCCCCUUUUUACUACUCUUAUAAAUUUUAUUUUUCAUCCAUUUUAUGUUCUAACUUCCUCUACUCUCCUGUCUCUCAGCGUUUCUCAGUUCUGCAUUGGUCAGAUUCACCUCGGUCAGCUGAAGGUGACCAUAUUCCGCUACGUUACGCCGACCCCAUACCUGUCCCGCGUCAACAUGGGCCUUUACAAACGUAUGCGCUGGAAUGUAGAGAGACUCCAAGAUGGUGCUCAGCAGCUCCAACAGACAGGUGAAGGGAAGAGUGGAGGGAGCAUGGAGGGAGAGGAAGACACAGUCAGCAACACAGAGUAGUGAGUCUUGAUAGGUUUCACUGUCUGUAUGGUCAUAUAAUAUUCAUGUCCUGUUAUUAUUGUAAAUUUGAACUUUAUAUAUUUCCUUCAGUUACUUCCUCUGCUGUGAGGAUGUUCCAAACCCACACACUAACUACAGCUGGGAAGACCAAGGUUUUACAGAUGGGAACUUUGUGAGGAUGUGGUCCAUUGGUCAGUGGGUUCAGGUGGAUCCUAACCCCAACACAGAGGACAUCUGUGACUGGUAGGCUGAUUGAUAAGCAGAAAAAAAUCAUGUUAAAAGGGUUUAAAAUGGUCAAAAGUGUUCACAACCACAGCGUUACUUUGACUCUUGUUGAUAUCAUCAUGCCUGUUUGUUUGUUUGUAUCAGGAUCUUGUGCGAGGUUCCCCAAGCACAAUAUAGGUUGCUGUUGUCACUGAGCCAGCAUGAGCCAUCAAACCAGAGCGCUACAGACAGCCUGCUCAGGCUGCUGCUGGAACAGGAGUGACUCUAUGCUCCCCAGGAGAACAAUGUUGGUGCAAACACAUCAUCGCUGUCACGGUGGUUUGACAGAGGGCUGUGAAAUUUAAAUAUGACAGAGUUCUACGUUGCAUUCAGGACCUGUCGGGUUUUUCCACAUUUAAGAUUCAAAGGUGAUGAAAAGUGUUAUUUUUGUGGCGUGUUUCACUGAUGUUUCCUGAAUACUUUAAUGUCACUGUACUCUGCUCAGUGUGAAUGUUUUUUUUAUAAUUUAAUCUUGUCAAUUUUAAGGUUUUAUUUUUCUAAAGUUUGUAUUUUUGAAGAGCAUACUUUUAUUUACACAAAAGAUUCCAUGUUUAAGGCUAAAAGGUGUUGUGUUCUUGUUUUAAGACCAGUGUUGUCGAUGAAAAGUGUUACUUUUGUGGUGUGUUUCACUCAUGUUUCCUGAAUACUUUGAUGUCACUUUAUUCUGUUCAGAGUGUGAAUGUUUUGUUUUAAAAUAGUUUUAUAAGAGCUUGUCAAUUUUAAGGCUUUAUUUUUCUACAGUUUGUAUUUUUGAAGAGCGUGCUGUUGUAAAGAAGUCCAGAAGUGUUACUAAAAAUUAUUUUAUUUACACAAAAGAUUGCAUUGAAUAAUUACACACAAUCACAGAAGUUUGUCUCUCAGAAGUGUAAGUACUCAAGGAAAACUUGACAUUUUAACAAGCUGCCAUGACUGAGUGCCCUUUUACUUCAAUUCACAGGCCUCACUUCAUUUUUUAAUAAAUUAAACCAAAAUUUAAGAUUUUAUAACAGUCCCAUUUUGCUUGCACACUCCUUUGUCUUGGAUACAAUUCAGCUAAUCAAUCUGAACAUGAAGAAAAAAGGCAUUUAACUUAUAGCAAAGAUUAAAAUCUAACAUUUACAACCAACGUCCUUCACUCUCUUUCCAAUAAAAAUCUUUAUAUGACUCUUAAGGGCUUAUCAUACUCCUAAAUCUCUCAAGUACAAAAUUAAAGAAUCAGAGUUGGGUUUCUCUUCCUUACAGUGAGCAGUCCUUUAAAACAAUAUUCACAUAAAAGCUCACAAACAACAAGACAAAAGAAGUGUGCUCAAGAAGUCCAGCUUUGACAAAAACUGCCGAAAGCUAAUCCCCCCCCCCCCCGGAGAGUCUGAAAACGUAGACUUGGUUGCUUUUCAGCUGCUACAGAGGCUUUGUUAAGAAAGCUAACAACCAAAAAGGUGAUCCUAAAAGAACCGUAAAGAAUCUGCUUAGCUAAAGGACCAGACACAAAUUGUCUUCAACUUCAUAGUUCUCUCACAGCUUUGAAUAUAAUCUUCAAAACACUGCAGGCUUUUUGUAUUUCUAAACCUUUGUGCUUUCCAGUGAAAUUUGACCGUGAAAGAAGCUGCCCCGAAAACCUUCAUAUUAUAAACUGAUAGUACAAAGAAACUCAACAUGAAGCCUUAAAAGCGAAACAGACAAAUACAUGACACUGACAUUAACACACAAAUAUGAACAUUUAGACCAAGUUAGACACAUGCACUUCAGUACCACACAUCAUCACAGUUUCCAAAAUAAUAGUAAAAAAAAAAAAAAGUAAAAUAACCUGAUAAUGCACACUUAUCUCUUUCUCCUUUUUAAUACUCUUCUUUCUAAUCCCAUUUUAAAGUGACUCCUGGCUUUCACAGCGAUAUCGGUAAAAUCCAGAAUAAUAACUUGUCCUGUGAUGAUGGAUCAACUGUCUAUAAUCUGUUUCUAAAUCAUAAGCUGUAAAAAAAAAAGGUGGACAUGACAGCUCCACAUCAGUAAAGCCAAAUCUCAUCCCCCUCAAAGCCUACCUGCCUCCAUGCAAACAAAUAUGCUUCAGCCCCAAGAGCCUAUCCUUAAAAUGUGCAAGAUGGCGGUGAUAGUUGCAAGGGGGGAUCUAGCUCCACUAUCCACCUUAUUCUUGGGGGCGCUAAUGGAGAAUCGAUUAUGGGCGCAACUUCCGGUGAUGCACCGGAAGUAGUAGUAAGAAAUAAGGUGGAUAGCUCAACAGGAGAGGAAGAGAUGAGUCAUCAAUCUUUAUAUACAGGAAGUUGUCUGAACCUCGGGAGAGAAGUAGGAUUACACAUCCCAAAACAAGAACAAAAAGGUAUCAGACACCCGAAUUAUGACUCCUGUUGUGAAAAGGCAACUGCCCACAUGUUGAACUCAACUUUGGUAAGAAAAGACCCGGAAAGUGAAGCCUGAGGAUGUCCAAAGAUGUGAUGAUCUUCUGUCCUCUAUUUGCAAAGAUAUUUUAAGACAAAAUAAAUAUCACACCAACAAAAAAAAAACACUAAACUAGCAGUUGUGUAUUCAGUAGUAGAGCCAAUGGGUUUUUCCAGUGUAUUCUUCAUAUAAAGAGGAAAUGGUGUGUGAGCUACAGGUGAGAAACACAAAGUAAACAACUAACUACCUGUCAUUUGUUCUUCGAUUGACAGAAACCAUCUCGCUUUGGGUGUGUGUCUGUGUGUGUUGAGUUUUAACCCUGUAGUGGGUAACAGUGGGGAGUCAUGGGAUCCUGUCUGCACUCAGGUGUGUGUUUAUAGUGGCGGUACUGAGUCUGUGCUCGCAGAGGUGUAGGAUAUCAAGUGUGACGUGAAUGGGGUGCAGAGUUUCGCUGCGGUGUCGGGCUGUGUUUGGUGUUCUUGAAUUUCUGAAAAAGCAGGUUCUCACUGCAGCAGCAGCAGCAGGAGAGUCCCUCAGGUAACAACCUAAACCAACCCUGAGGUGCAUGACGUUUCAGCAGUCCCUUCAUAAACUGGGGAAGACAUUUCAACACCCUCAUCUAAAAUAACAAAAUAUUCAGCAUAAAGCUACAAACUGAACAGUGUGGAAAAACCUGUGCUCAUUUAGGUAAACUUCAAUAUCGACAGAAAAAUAAGAGCUACAUGCAAGUCUCAAAUUUGGGCGAAUUUUUUUUUUUCUAUGAAUGAUUUGAGAAGCAACUGAAGUGAAGCAGCUCUAGGCACUGAUGUUUGCUUAUUUCAGUGGUUUAAAUCCCUGUUUCUAUCAUCUAUGCGUACGCAAGUGGUUCCCAACUUCAAAAUCAGUUACCCUGUGAAAUGGAUCUCUGUUUAUCUUCUUUAUUUCAUCUUAAGACUUAUAAUUCUGAUGGUCUGUUUAUUCAGUAGUUUAAACUUUUUCAGUAGUUUAGAAGCAAAAUAAAAAAAAGGACAGAAAUCUGAAAAUAUAACAAUGUUAGGCAGCAAAAAUAUCUUUUCUUCUCCUCUACCUACGACUUGUCUCAUAACCCCUCCUAAUUUCAUCAGCGUGAUUUGUUUGAGAACCACUGAUUUACAGCACCACAAGUUUCAUCUUUGAGUCUGAUGACAAGGCUGGACCGUAUAAAAAUAACUUCUCUGAUCUUAUAAACUUCUGUGACACUACGACAAAAUUCAAUGAGCUGGUUGUUUUUUUUCCUCCAAACAGCUGAAAGAACAGUUUUGCAGGAAUGAACAUGAACUUUUAACUUUUUUUUAAACUUUUUUCCUGACCAGACACUACGGAAGAGGAUUAGGGCCACAAGAAGAGAGAAAAAUAAUUACAGGAGGG